AUGACGGAAAGUGCCAAUGGAAAACACACCUCUAGUUCCAGUCUGCUUAACGACCCACUGAUGCCCAACGGUGGUACUUUCAGCAGCCUCCACGUGGCAGGGACCCAUUGGAGAAGCACAGGAACAGCUACGACUGCUUGUAGCGGCAGCAGCAGAACCCUGGACCCUGCUGUUCCUGCGGAGAAGAAACGCAGCAGCGGCGGGGCCGGCGGAAGUGGGCUUCAUGCAAGGAAGAAGCGGAGGACUUUUGAGGCGCCUCAGAAGAAACGCAGCAGCGGCGGGGCCGGCGGAAGUGGGCUUCAUGCAAGGAAGAAGCGGAGGAGAGAAGCGAUGGCGGCGGCAGCGCAAGUGGAUCCUAGAGAAGAGGACGAGAAGCGAUGGCAGCGGCAGCGACGGUGGCAGCAGGAGGAGGAGGAGCAGCAGCAGCAGCAGCAGAAGGAAGGGAAGUUUCAAGUUGAAGCAAAGCACUUCUUGAACGUGCAUGGUGGGGGUGGUGGUGGUGGUGGUGGUGGUGGUGGUGGUGGUGGUGGUGGUGGUGGUGGUGGUGGUGGUGGUGGUGGUGGUGGUGGUGGUGGUGGUGGUGGUGGUGGUGGUGGUGGUGGUGGUGGUGGUGGUGGUGGUGGUGGUGGUGGUGGUGGUGGUGGUGGUGGUGGUGGUGGUGGUGGUGGUGGUGGUGGUGGUGGUGGUGGUGGUGGUGGUGGUGGUGGUGGUGGUGGUGGUGGUGGUGGUGGUGGUGGUGGUGGUGGUGCUUCUGCUGGCGACAGUGCUGCGGUUGCUGCUGCUGCUGCUGCUGCAGACGAAGAUGAUACUCAUCAAGCGCGACGAGACAAGAACGAGGAUCACAGGAGGGCUGCGGCUGCUUAUGAGUCGAACCAAGGGGCAACCCAGGUUGUGCGACCGAUGCCUAAGGCGCUUCAACAGAGGGCACUGGUGCCUGAGGGGCUUCGAGAGAGGAAACUGGGGCAUGAGGUGAUUCAACAAUGGGGACUGGGGCCCGAGGUGAUUCAACAAUGGGGACUGGGGCCCGAGGUGAUUCAACAAUGGGGACUGGGGCCCGAGGUGAUUCAACAAUGGGGACUGGGGCCCGAGGUGAUUCAACAAUGGGGACUGGGGCCCGAGGUGAUUCAACAAUGGGGACUGGGGCCCGAGGUGAUUCAACAAUGGGGACUGGGGCCCGAGGUGAUUCAACAAUGGGGACUGGGGCCCGAGGUGAUUCAACAAUGGGGACUGGGGCCCGAGGUGAUUCAACAAUGGGGACUGGGGCCCGAGGUGAUUCAACAAUGGGGACUGGGGCCCGAGGUGAUUCAACAAUGGGGACUGGGGCCCGAGGUGAUUCAACAAUGGGGACUGGGGCCCGAGGUGAUUCAACAAGGGGGACUGGGGCCCGAGGUGAUUCAACAAGGGGGACUGGGGCCCGAGGUGAUUCAACAAGGGGGACUGGGGCCCGAGGUGAUUCAACAAGGGGGACUGGGGCCCGAGGUGAUUCAACAAUGGGGACUGGGGCCCGAGGUGAUUCAACAAUGGGGACUGGGGCCCGAGGUGAUUCAACAAGGGGGACUGGGGCCCGAGGUGAUUCAACAAGGGGGACUGGGGCCCGAGGUGAUUCAACAAGGGGGACUGGGGCCCGAGGUGAUUCAACAAGGGGGACUGGGGCCCGAGGUGAUUCAACAAUGGGGACUGGGGCCCGAGGUGAUUCAACAAUGGGGACUGGGGCCCGAGGUGAUUCAACAAUGGGGACUGGGGCCCGAGGUGAUUCAACAAUGGGGACUGGGGCCCGAGGUGAUUCAACAAUGGGGACUGGGGCCCGAAGUGAUUCAACAAUGGGGACUGGGGCCCGAGGUGAUUCAACAAUGGGGACUGGGGCCCGAGGUGAUUCAACAAUGGGGACUGGGGCCCGAGGUGAUUCAACAAUGGGGACUGGGGCCCGAGGUGAUUCAACAGAGGGCACUGGUGCGUGAGGGGCUUCAAGAGAGAAGGGCUGCUAUUGCUACAGUCCAUGCGUUGUUGGGUGCCCAGGGAUAUGUCUUUGAAACGCCUCAAACACAUAGCAGGACUGCUGCUGAUGCCGAUGAUGCUGCUGCUGCCGAUGCUGCUGCUGCUGCUGCUGCUGCAUCUCUCCCCUCUCUCCACUCUUCUCCCGUUCCUUCCUCGAUCACCUCUCUCAAUUCUUCCCCCUCUCUCCCCUCUUCCCAGUCUACCCCCACUUUCCCCUCUCUCCCCUCUCUCCCUUCUCUCUCUCUGUUCCACUCUCUCCCCUCUCUUCCCCCUGCCCCAUCCUCACAUUGCGCAUCCACAAUGAAUCUCGGUGCCUGUUUCGGGAAUCCUCAGAGCACAUCGGCAGGUGGGGCAGCAGAUCCCGAGGGUGUUACCCUAUGCUGA